UCUUUACUAUCAUGGAUUAAUUAUUAUUCAUGUUAUGCUAAUAUUAUUAUCUAUGAAUAGCAUGGCCUUUAGUACAACUUCUAUCUUUAUUUUAUGUCAUGUUUUGUUCAAUGAUAGAAUUUUGUGAUUAUAGUGAUUAUACUGAUUAUCAAUGCGCCUAUAUGCCUAUAUUAUAUAUUAUCAAUGUAGUCGUUACGUCUUGUUCAGUCGUUCGGCCGCUGUUCUUCUCACCUUCACUCAAAACUUUUCAUUAAUCACUUUUCAGUGAUUACUGAUUAUCAUCACACACAUAAUAGGUAUUGGAUGACACGAAUGUCGGAUUAUCAAAUUUGAGAGAACUCUCUAGAGUGAGCCGUGUGCUCGUGUAACUUGCCCAAGCAAAAGUGAUCGCUGUUAAUUUUGCCUCAAAAAUGUCAGAUACAUCAGAUUCAGAUACAGCCUCGGAGUAUGCUGUUGUGGAUCCUCGUAAUAUUCCCUCAUUCUCGAGCUUAUUCUCACCUUGCUCCAACAAAUUUGGUAUUGAUGGAAAAUACUUGUCCAUGCGCUUCGUUGAUACUAUUAAUUUAAUCGAAAUGGAUGACUUUGUCGAGACAAAUUUUUUAAUCAAUAGGACCUACAAAUGUCACUUUAAUCAGAAGUUAACACUACUAAUGGAGGCUAGUUUGCAUGGCCAUGUAAAAAUUGUGAGGGAAUUGUUUAACAGAUUUAAUGUCACAGUGGACAGCAUAGGAAACGUGGUACAUUUUGGUUCACUUGUCAAAGGGGCUACAGCGCUUUGGUGUGCAGCUGGAAUUGGAUGUAUAGAAAUAGUCAAAAUUCUUGUUGAAAAUGGUGCAAACGUUAAUUUUCUCACUGAAACUAAGUCAUCUCCAUUAAGAGCUGCUUGUUAUUUAGGAGAUCUAAAUACUGUUGAAUAUUUGGUUGAACAUGGAGCAGAUGUUAAUAUAACCAAUAUAUAUAAUAGCACAUGUCUUAUGAUUGCUUCUCAUAAUAAUCAUAAAGAAAUUGUUGAAUAUUUGUUGAUAAAAGGAGCGGAUAUUAACAAACAAACUAAAUGCGGAUCUACAGCCAUGCAUUUCGCUGCACAAGCCAAUAAUUUGGAAAUUGCUAAGCUACUCAUUGCUUUUAAUGCUCAACAACUGAAAAAUGAACAGUCUCUAACUCCAAUUUUGGUGGCAGCUGAAAGAACACAUCAUAAUUUUGUAUAUUUUCUCAUUGAUGAGAGCCGAUUACAUUUGACCCGAGAAGAGAAGAUAGAAGCUGAAGAGUUAUUAGGUGCUUCUUUUUUGAAUGACAAAGAUCGUUAUGACUUCAAUCAAGGAUAUGAUAUUCUACUCCGAGCAAUGAAAAGGAGAUAUGAAGAGCAUCCAAUUAUAAAUAAAAAAGUUAACAAAACAGUUGAAUGUUACAAUAAUAAAGUUGAAUGUCAAACUGUACAAGAAUUAUUAGAUAUAAAAGAUGAUGAUAAAGCUAUACAUUUUGAAUCUCUGAUAAUUAGAGAAAGGAUUUUAGGAGAAAACAAUCCAGAUUUAUUGCAAUCAAUCAUAUACCGUGGUGCUGUUUAUGCAGAUGAACAUGAUUUUACACCAUGUGUACUUCUCUGGAGCCAUGCCUUAAAAAUAGCUAAACAUAAUAAACAUAGUAUAUGCAAAGAUCUUAUACGAUUCACACAGGUAUUUUGUCAAAUGAUUAAAAAUAAUGUUAUUAUCAAAUUAUUGGAUUUAAAGAAUAUUUUACAAUUUGCUUGUAAUGAAUUGAUUACUAUUAAAAAAAUAUUACCCGAUGUUGAUUGUUUUUCAACUGAAAAGAGUGAAUACUAUUCAAAUAUGAAGUCAACACUUGGUUUAAUUAUUAUAACCAGUAUUGCAUUAUUACAAAAUGGUAAUAAAGAUGAUCCAAUGGUAGGCGAUUUGAUGAAAGUUAUAGUAGAAAUAAAUAAACUUGAACUCAAAACAGAUAAAGGCGAAACAUUACUUCAUUUGUGUCUUAAUUAUGAUACAAACGUUGAUAAUAUCUUUACAACAGGAAUUUGCUGCUUUCCAAAUUUUCUUGCAAUGAAACUAUUAGUUCAUUGUGGAGCAAAUGUAGAUGCAGUUGAUAAUAGUAAAAAUACACCCCUUCAUUAUAUUGGUAAAUUCAUAACUGACUUUCCUCAUAUACCACACAACAGUGAUUAUUUAGACACAAGAAAAAUGGUCAUGGAGUUGUUGAAUGCUGGUGCACACACAGAUUUUGUAAACAAAUUAGGAGUUUGUCCUCAUACAGGAUAUUUGUCGACUUUAUUUAAUUUAACAAACAAUAUUCCAAGGAGUUUGAAAUGUUUAUCCGCCAGUGUGCUUAGGUAUCGAUGUCCAAAAAAAUACUACCGCGAUCAAUUGCCAAAAAAAUUAGUACAAUUCACUAAUUUACAUUAAGUGAUUGUUAGUUAGUAAAUUAUUUAGACAAAAAAAAAAAAAUUGUAAAUUCUAUAUCAGUGGUCUUCAAUAUUAUUGAUUCACGACCCACUUUUCUUACCAUAUAUUUUACUAUGGCUUUGUUAGCCAUGAAAAUCAAAGAAAAAAAGUUAAAAUUGUUUUAUAUCUUAUUAAGCUAUUGUAAAAAUACUUUUAUAACUGAAUAAAUAAAAGUAUACAUAUUUUUAGGUAAUAUUUAAUUUGUACUACAUGUAAUGGUACAGAAAUAAUUUUUUUAAAUUUUAUAACUUAUUGCAACUCAAUUUUAGAACUUUUGUUACCCAAAAUUGGGUCGUAAUCCACCAGUUGAAGAUCACUGUUCUAUAUGCCAUAAUAUAUAAAUGUAAAUAAUUAAGUUAUAAUUUUAUGCAGGUCAACUGUAGGCAGAUAUUAUAUGAAUGCUCAUGGCAGAAUAUUAAAGAGACUUAAAGAUAAUGCAUUUUUAUUAUGAUUUUAUCUAUCCUACGUGUAUAUAUUUUUAUUUUUUAUAAUCUUUUUUUUCUUGAUAUUUUUAUGGAAUUAAUUAUGUACAACCAGUUUUUUAUUUUAAACAUUAUUAAUUAUUAAUUGAUUUCUCAGGAUUAUAAAAAACUGUAUAAAAUAAUUUACUGAUUUCUAAAAAAAAAAAAGUAAAUAAGUAAACUUGUUUAAUAUAUAGUUAUUUAAUCUUGUAACUAUGCGUUUUGUGUUAUUAAUAGAAACUUUGAUGAAAGUUUUUAUACAUUAAUCCUUGUUAGACUGUAAAAUUGUUUAAAUUUAUAUUUUAUAAUUGUUUACAUUUUAUAAAGAUAAGUUUUAUCUUUCCAUUUAAUUUAUACUGCCAACAGUAAGAAUAAAAUUUAAUUUGUAUUUUUAAAUAUAUAUGUUAUGAUUUUAUUUGUUUGAAGUGAAAUUUUAUUAUAAUUAAAUUAAUAAAUUAUUGAUUACUGAUUA